GCGAUAGCAUAGGGUGACAUAUGAACAGCGCAUGGGAGUUUAAAUAACCAUCUGUCAAUUUCGAAAAUAACACAAAAUCCAAAUCAAACCCCCAAAAACAAAAAAACCAAGAACAAAUAAAAGUAACAAAAAUCUUUAAAAAAUUAACUAACUUGAUUCCCCGAUCUCUUUUCUUCUUCAAUGGCUGAUGCUCCUUCCUCGCCCGCAACCCUAGACCCCACCAAUUCCCAAUUCAAACCCGAUUCCCCUAACCCGAAUGUGCAACCUGCCCAACCCGAUCCCCCUCCGUCCUCUACCACCACAACACCGCUCCAACCAAACCCUAACCCUAAUCCUAGCGCGCCCCUGCUAUCUCCUCAACCUCUUCCCGCGAUCCCCUCUUACUCUACUGCUCCAACGCAGAUCUCCGGAGCCACCACCGCCGUCGCGCCGGCGCCUCCCUCAAUCCGUCCCGUUCCGCAGUUUUCACCGUUACCGAAUUUUCAAGCUCCUUGCGUGCAGCCGCCCGGCGUGAGCUCGGCUCCUGGUUCUGUUCCACCGCCGUUGAUGCAGUACCAGAUGCCGGCGGGUCAGGUUCCAAAUCCUGCUCUUAGACCAUUUGCGCCGAUUCCAAAUGGAUAUGCCGCCGUGCCGGGAGCUGUUCCUCAGGGCAGCAUGCCUCCUCCCGGACUUAUCCGGUAUCCUUCUCCUUACCCAGUAAUGAUUCGGCCUGCAUUCCCUCCACUUCCACCUGGAGCAAUUGGUGUGAUUCCAGUAGUGCCACGUCCUCCUGUUCUAGGUGUUCCCGGUGUUCGUCCAAUUAUUCCUCCUGCAAUUAGACCAGCUGCUGUUCCUAAUGUUACACCAGCAGAGAAACCACAAACUACAGUUUAUGUUGGCAAGAUAGCACCAACUGUGGACAAUGACUUCAUGCUGUCUCUUCUUCGCCUUUGUGGACCUGUCAAGAGUUGGAAACGUGCUCAAGAUCCCACUAACGGAACUCCUAAAGGUUUUGGAUUUUGUGAAUUUGAGUCUGCUGAAGGGGUUCUUCGUGCAUUGCGCCUACUUAGCAAAUUUAAUAUUGACGGGCAAGAAUUCGUGUUAAAUGUUAAUCAAGCAACAAGGGAUUAUCUGGAGCGGUAUGUUGAAAAGAAAACUGAAAAUGCAAAGAAACUCAAUGAAGCUCCAGCUACGAGGGCUGAGAAAGGUGAAAAUGCACUAGGUGAUGAGAAGAAUGUAUCUUCAACGCCUUCUGUUGAGGAUUCCAAGGACAGCGACAAUGGCAAGAAAGAGAAUAUUGGCAUUGCCAACUCUGCCAUCGUGACUGAUGAAGACCGUGAGGCUGAUCGAGAUGCUUCAGAGAAGCUUGCCAGCAUGAUUGAAGAGAGGUUAAAGACCAAUCCUCUCCCUCCACCACCUCCUCAAACUGCUCCUGAUGGUUCUGGAAAAUCAAAUUCAGAUCUGCCUGCUAAAUUGAGAGAUGGGGACUCUGAUGCUGAUGUAAUGAGAAAUGAUGGAGCUGAAGGAAAAAAUGAUGAUGGGACUACCAGGGAGAGCAAAGCAACAACUGAGAAUGAUCAAUCUGAGACAAGCUCACCUGAUCGUAGGUAUGAUAGGAGAAGUAGAGAUACAGAGCAGGAUCUUAAGAGGGAAAAGGAGCGCGAAAUUGAAAGAUUAGAAAGAGAAACAGAGCGGGAAAGGAUAAGAAAAGAGAGGGAACAAAGAAGGAAGAUUGAGGAGGCAGAGCGUGAGUAUGAAAAGUUUCUUAGAGACUGGGAGCUAAGGGAAAAGGAUAAAGAGAAGCAGAGACAGUAUGAGAAGGAGAGGGAGAAAGAGAGGGAGCAUAAACGGAAGAAGGAGAUUCGCUAUGAUGAAGAAGAUGAUGAUGAUUUGAGAAAAAAGUGGCGUAGGAGUGCUUUGGAGGAAAAGAGGAGGAAGAGGUUGCGGGAGAAGGAGGAUGACUUUGCUGACAGACUCAAAGAAGAGAAAGAAAUUGCUGAGGCCAAGAAGAGAGAGGAGGAACAGCUGCAACUGCAACAGCAGCGAGAUGCAUUGAGGCUUUUGUCUGGUCGCGUUGCAAAUGGAGGUGAAAAGACUGUGUUGGUAGAAGAAGCUAGCACUGAAAGCAAAGAUAAGGCAAUUGAACAGCAUUACAAGUGUGAAUCAAGUUAUGAAAGCCAGAUAUUUGAUGAUGGGAUUAUGCAAAAUGGUUCUGUUGAUGAAUCAAACAUGGCCUUUGUUGCUGCAUCAGAUGCACGACAGAGUGGGAAUGCCCCAGCAAGGAAGUUGGGUUUUGGUCUUGUUGGAUCUGGAAAGCGGACUACUGUCCCAUCUGUUUUCCAUGAGGAGGAAGAUGAUGAUGCACAGAAGGACAAGAAAAUGAGGCCUCUGGUUCCCAUUGAUUAUUCAACUGAGGAACUGCAGGCUGUCCAACCUGGCACACCAACACCCAAUUUGGUUGCAGCUGCUGAAUUUGCAAAGCGAAUAUCAAAUGUUAAUCCCAAAGAGGAAAAGCCUGAUGCAGAAAGAGAACGAAGCAGACGUUCAUAUGAUAAAUCUAGCAGGGAUAAAGACCAUAAUCACGAGGAUAAAAAUCGCACUAGAGAUGCAAGCAAAGAAAAGAUCCCUGAUUGGGAUAAGGACAGGGAACACGGACAAGAUAAGGUGAAAACAACAGAUCACCAGAAGCUUUUGGAUGCAAAACAAUUAAUUGAUAUGAUUCCAAAGACCAAGGAGGAACUAUUUUCAUAUGAGAUAAACUGGGAUGUGUAUGACCAGCAUGCAUUGCAUGAGAGAAUGAGACCCUGGAUUUCGAAGAAGAUUACAGAGUUUUUGGGGGAGGAAGAGAAAACACUGGUAGAUUACAUUGUAUCCAGUACUCAGGAACAUGUUAAGGCUUCCCAAAUGCUGGAGCUGCUGCAGUCAAUAUUAGAUGAAGAAGCUGAGAUGUUUGUGCUUAAGAUGUGGAGAAUGCUCAUAUUUGAAAUUAAAAAAGUAGAGACUGGUCUGGCUUUGAGGUCGAGAGGCUGAUUGAACACUGUUGCACUGUGGCUCCUAUGUUGCAGCAGGACUGAGUGUUUUAUUGCAUAGUUGUUACCUCCAUGGGGGUGAAUCAUGUAUGUCUCUUCCUUCGGCCUUUUACUGUAAGACCAAAAUGUAUAUUGAAUUAGGAGUUAGCGUUGUUGAGUUUUGAUUACUUCUAGGUGCAUUUUGUUAUGUCAACCCAAUUUUUUCUUGCUGAUUUCACCUUUUUUGGCCCGCUCUCUAUGGAAGAUUAAUAUUUUGCAAUCACUUUUUUUUUUUUUAUGAAUAGUUAAAUGAGCUCG